GAGGAAAAUCCAAUUGUUAGUCCCCAAUUAGAGUAAAACCACAGAAUCAAUGGAACUCACUCGAGCGUUGACUUACAUAAAACCCACUUGGUCAAUAUAAUGAUCAUAAUUAUUGUAGGUCCACUCUAACUGGGCCUUGACAAUUGGAUUUAACGCCUUUUAUUUUUGUGUAUACAAAAUGCAAUAUUUCAAAAAUCUGACUGCCGAGGCCUCUGCUGAGCCAGUUGCCUACCCUCAGAUUUUGCCUAGAAUGCCUUGUGCUCUGAAGCGCUACAGAACGCUGUCCCUCCUACCUUCUCCCCUAUCCUCUGACUACCAGCUCAAGCAGAAGCUGAGCACCUCUCAGCAGGCAGCGGCAAAGUACUCCAGACUUGCUGAGGAGGCUUCUCUGGCCCAAGCAGAGGCCGAAAAGGGCCGAGCAGAGGCCAAAGCUCAGGAAAAGUUGUGCCGAGAGCAACAUGAGGCAGUUCAACUGGAAAAUCUCAGCUUGAAAGAAGAAACACAGCUGCUGAAGAGAAAGUUAACAGAAAUGCAGCUCCUCUUAACACAAGUGGAAAAGAGUCACUUUGAAAGUCAGCUGAAACUAGAGAGAAUAACAAUGGAGAGAGAAGUUAUCAGUGAAGAAAAAAGAUAUUUGGAGCAUGAAAGAAAUGAGCUGAAACAGAAACUGAAAGGAACAAUAGAAGAGAAUUCUAAGUGUAAAGAAAAUGAAAUCUCUCAAAGAUGCCGAACUGAAGCUGCUGAAGAGGCUUUAGAAAAAGCAACUCUUCUGCAUUAUGAGGCUGAAAGGGAGAGGCGUUUGUUGGAACUUGACAAAGAAGAGAAGGAAAAACAGUGUGAGAUAUGGAUGAAGAAGUACAAUGCUUUAGCCGACCUCUUGCAUUCUCAAGAAGAGGAAAAAUCAAAAAGGCAAAAUAAAGCUUGCCAGGUGAAACUGAAGAGCUAUUUCUUGUGCAUCAGUGAAAGCAAUGAGCACAUAACAGCACUGAGAAAUGAGGAUGGCACUCUCCAGAGAUUUGCGGAAGGUGAGCAGGUCUGUUUUUCAAUCCCUAGUGCUGAGGCUGAAGAAAAGGCCAAGAGCACUGACAGGAUAUUGUAUAGAGUUACUGCACCCGGUUCAAAGCCUGAACAUACUCAGCUAUGUAGACUUUGCCCUACUGAACUGCAGGAGAAAUUGCCGGCUAGAAGAGGCAAGAAAAUAAUUGAAUAUUUCUGGUUUCCAGAUGAAGAUGGUAAUGAGGAGUGAGUUGAGAGGAAAUGACUAUAUAAGUGAUUACAGCUGCUGUAUACAUGUAAAAGAGAUAGUGCAAGAUAUAAGAAGCAAUCCAUGCUCAAUCCAUAACAUUUGUGCCUCUGUGUCUACCUGCAAAGCCCAGAUCCUCUAUCUGCAGUAGCAACCCUUUAUGUUUGUGGCUUUAUAUAGGCACAGCAGCCAAAUGUCCUGUAAUAAACACUCAUAUUCUCAUCCAAAAUGUCUCUCAGAAAAGUCCCUUUAUACCAAUAGCCUGCCCAGAAUCACAUUCCCUAGCUCCCAUUUAAAGUAAAUCUGAUACAUUUUACUUUCAAUAUAUCAUAUAUUCUUCAUUUACUAUGACCCCUGAGAUAAUCUGCUUCAC